AUGGCCCUAGGUUGCUCUAUCCGAGGGUUUAGAAGUUCCAUUCGUGCCGUACUUGUCAUCGACGGUGCACAUCUGAAGGGAAAAUAUAAAGAUAUAUCCACUUGCAUUUGGAAUCGUAGACAGGGAAACAGACGACUGACGGACUUGGUUCUUGGAGCGGAUGAAGAGUUGUAUUGGAGAGUUGAAGGAUUGGUUUUCGUGUCUGACCGACACCGAACCAGUAAUAACUCUGUAACUUCUAUCUUCCCCACUGCUAAACACAUCAGUUGCAUGCAUCACAUGCAGAUGAACUUGAAUGAUAAGUUCAAGAUUAGGAGCGAGGGCGUGGAAUGGCUAUACCUCCUAGCAGCUAAGGCAUUCAAGAAAUCUACCUUCAGGUAUUAUUGGAAUCAGCUUGCGGGAUUCCCAGAAGUGCGAAAGUACUUGGAGGAACUUGGGUUCGAUAAAUGGUCACGUGCAUAUCAACCUGGGUUGAGGUACAAUCAGAUGACAACUAACAUUGCAAAGUCCAUGAAUGCAGUUCUAGUGCACGCACGAUAUUUGCCUAUCACUGCUCUAUUAGAACAUUGUAGGGUUCUUCUGCAACGAUCGUUUUAUGAGCGGCGGAUGUACGCAUCGACCAGAGCAUCCAUUCUUACUGAUUAUGCUGAGGAGAUUGUUAAGGGUGCAGUUGAGCAGACCCGACGACAUACGAUUAGACCAAUUGAUAAUUACGAGUAUAAGGUACACGAUGGUAGCAGCAAAGUGCGUGUCAACCUAAACAGUAAGAGUUGUACGUGUAAGCAGUUUGACUACUACCAGAUCCCGUGUUCCCACGCUGUCGCUACCGCCAUGCAUCGUAAUGUUAGUAUAUACACGUUGUGUUCACCCAAGUAUAAAUUAGAAGCGCUUCUUAACGCGUACGCCGAACCAAUCUACUCAUUGGGUGAUGAGAAGGACUGGACUUUACCCGACGACUUUUGUUGA